AAUUGUUUCGUCGGUUGUCCGGGGAGACGAAGCAAACUUCAACAAGUAAAUAGUAAACAUAGCAACCCAAAUAAACAUUGUUGACUUUCAAAGGACUAAACUGUGUCCUAAACGAAUCGGACAAAAGGACUAAACAAUCCGCAGGCUUAGAAUAGGAUCAACAUGAAUAUUACCUCAGCAGUUUGUUGGUACAACAUCUGGGACAAGAACACCAUCAUGAGUGUUGGUCCCGAUGUGUUGUGUGUGAGGAACGGUAACACCGCCAAGUUCAUCAACAUGCAAACCAAGGCCGUGAGUUACUUCAAGGCGGAGACGGUGAGCACUGGUCUCAAUAUUGGUUCAUUUACGGGUCACAACCGCUUUCCGCUGUUCGCAUUCUCGGAGGUCACCCUACGACCCAGCAUCUACAUAUAUCGCUAUCCGGAUAUGACCAAGUUCUCCACUAUUCCCCCCCACUCUCUGAGCUACUCAGACAUCCGUUUCACGGAAUUCGAUCAGUUGAUCUGCAUUGGCAGCUACCCCGAGUACCCCCUUUAUGUCUACAACUACCGCACCGCCACCCUAAUCGUGGAACAGCAAACCAUGGUGCCCUCGGUGAACCGCAGCCUGGUGGUGAGCUUCAACAGUCUGCCGAGCAUGGUUAUAUUCCACAAGCGGGAGAUGACCAUCCUCUGCUAUGAGAUCUGCACCAUCGAGAAGGAGUCCUUCCUGCACAAGGUCUCCGAGGUGGAGGUGAGCAAGGACUACCUCAAGUCGUGUGACCAAUUCCUCUCCUUCGGCGACGAUAACAACCUCUAUGCGACCAAUGACUUUGGGCAUCUCGUCCUCGUGGACGUUGCCUGUUUUGCCCUCAAGCCCCAGUGGCAGCCCACCUGCACGAGCAACUCUGAACUCGUCGAGAUACACCGAGCGCACUCCCUCACCUGCCACAGGUCCGGCUUUCUCAUCGCCAACAGCACAAAUGGCUUCUAUGUGAAGAAAAAAGCGGGAGCAUUUCAGGUCGAAUGGACUCUGGAGGGCAGUCUGCGGGGUGUCAGUCGCUAUUUGAGCAACACCAACGGAGAGAUUUACGCCCAACAGGAUCCGGGCCACAUCGAACAGGUGGUGGUGGACAAGAAUGGAAUGGCGACGCUCCAGCGGGUAGCUCCAGCGGGCAGUCCGGUGAUCACCUUUCGGAUACUCCAGGGUCUCAAGGACGAGUGCGUGCUUCUGCUGCAUAGUGACAAAGUGGCCAUGAUGGACCUGUCCAAGGGCAACACCCUGUGCGAGGUGCCCGUGCCGGAUGCGAGUGCCAUGUGCAACCACCGGAGUCUGGCCAUAGUGGCCGUGGGAACCAUGGACGGUCGUCUGGUGCUCAUCCAGUUCGAGCGAGCCACUGUUCCGCACGUGUUGUGCGACUUGAAUUGCGACACUCCGGCCAUAGUCGCACUGGAAUUCAACGACACUUGGAUAGUGUUUCAGGAUCACACCAAGAUGCUCCACAUUGUGCAGGUCGACAACCGGCCGCACAAGCUGACCCACUACUUUGAGAUGAACCAGCCGGAGAUAGCCAAAGUCUUCAUACACUCCUUCCUGCUGGCCGACGGACCUCGGCUAAUGGUCUACAUAAACCGGAAUCGUCAAACGAAGCGCCCCGGCUCUGCUACGGAGCUCUGGCUCUGCAGCUGGGGCAAGGACAGACGGCUGCACCGACGCGAGUACAUUUUGCCAAAGGAGUACAGCUUCUUCUGUGUCCAGCCACCGGUGGGCAGGUGGGCCCUUAUCGAGAUCGUGGCCAUUGAACACAACAGUUACAAUUACGACCAAUUCGCGCUCAACGAAAAGGACGAGCUGCAGUGGAUCGCCUCCUCCAAGUCAGCCCAUUAUAGCUACAUCCUCGGCGCAGGAAUGACCAAACACCUGGUUACCUGGAGUCUCGCGGGCGUCCUGGUGCACUUUAAACAGCACAAGCGGGCGAAAAAGCCGUACAUGAUAUGUCGCUUCCUGAACUUGGCCUUUGAAACAGAAUACCUGCUAAGAGUCAGGGAGUGCUUCAACUCCAAGUAUCUGAUUAUUCUGCUAGCCAACAAGAGCCUAAGGGUGAUGAGGCUACCGUCCCUGGCGGACUUUGUGAGGGAGAAUGUGUACAUAAAGCUUCCCGUGGAGGAGGGUGUGCCUCUAUUUAUUGAGCAAAAGACCCACAAGGUGGAUAUGUUCGUUCCACUCAGCAUGCGGCAGGAGGUGAAGGAGGAGUUCACCAGGGCCGACUUUUUGAAGCGCGACAAGCUCUUUGCGAUGAUCAAGGAAUUUGCCGCCAAGGUGACGGCCCUGAUCGACUAUGACAUCUCCAAGACGGGCAAGACGAAGGGCAUCUUCAAGAAGUUCUGUUUCCACUACAAGUGGCUGGACGCCCUCACCGAGGAGGCGCGUAAGCUGUGCGCUUUGGAGCGCGCCUCCCUGGAGCGGGCGGCCGAGGAUCAGGCCCGCAUCCGCGACUGGAUCAUCCGGCUGGUGACCCGCGAUGCCGUCAGCAUCAACUACCGAGUGCGUUCGAUAUUUGCGGACGCCAACUUCGAGAGUUUCUCUACGCGGCGCAAAAUGGAUAUGGUUGAGUUUGACAAGUACAGAUUCUAUGACAUCGAGGACCACCUGCGCCUCUCUCUAGGCUCUUUCGAGGAGGAGGAGGAACACCUACCGGCGGCAGCGGAACACGGUGGGCCACACGGAGGCAGAGAAGACAUGGAAAUGGGCGAAGAGGAGGAGGAGGUGGAAGGUCCAAUGGGCCUGAAGGAAUACAAGCCUUUUGUGGUGGAGACCCCCACCGUGUACGAGCACAUUAUGGCGCCGGUUUUCCAACUCCAGGACAAGAACUUGGUCACCUCGAACCAGUUGUUCAACCACAACUGCAAGAUACGAUACUACUUGACCGAUCCGCUGAAGCAGGAAUUCAACAAGCUCUUCCACGAAGCUCAGCAGCUCAAGCAGGACACCAUCGACAAUGUCAUGCAUACAAACGAAGUGCUGAACAAGAUCUACGACAACAUGAACAUAAUGCUGCGUUUGCUCAACAUGGACCAGUUCAAGCUGCCGGAGCUCACGGUGCCCACACUGGCGCAGGACGAGGUGAUCAAACGGAUCAUGGAAGUGGACGACUCCGAAGUAAAGGCGAUCAACCGCCGGAAGCCAAAGACGAUCGAUACGGGCGGAAAGAAGGGCCGUCUUCUUCUCUGGAGCCCCGAGUUCUGGGCCAGGGCACUCAUUGUGAUGAUGGACGGCGUGCUGGAGAAGCUAUGGGAGGAGGAGAUCAAAAAGGACAUUCCUGAGCCAGAGUUCGUGGCUAAGAAGCAGCCGCACGAGUACAACCUGGAGGAGCAAAGGAUCUAUCGGGCCUACGAGGAGGCAGUGCGUCUGCUGGAGCUCGAUCGCCGGAAGUACCUGCGCAUCCUGCAUGAAAACGAGGAAAAAACUUUGGCCCUGAAGGCCAGCCAGAUCCAAAAGCUAAACCAGCGAGUGGCUGAGCUAAUGAUUAUGAAACUAAGAUACGACUUUGCCUUGAAGCAGGGCCAGUUGCGCCUUCUUACGCUUGAGUUGAUGAACUUUGGACGUGUUCAGCUGCGAAAACGCGUCCAGAUGUUCCGCAAGGACAUAAAUAAGCUUAACGAAUAUAUAACGCGUUACGGAUACUUGUUGGACUUCUGGGAAAAGGCUCUGGUCGAUGUAAAGUCACGCCUGGAGGCGCAACAAACCCGUGACCGGACCGUAGAGCGUCAGUUUCGCAGUCAGUUCCUGCCCCUGGUGCCACAUGCCACCCACGAAAUGACCAAGCUCUUCAAGAAGCGCCCCAAACUGCCGCCCAAGAUCUUCAACUCGGUACUUAUAUGCAUGGAGGCCUCCAACAAGCUAAGCGGUAAGACCAGCGCUCGUACUCCCUUUCCACUGCCCGGGGACGUAUUGGACUUCCUCACCGCCCUGGCGGAGCAUGACCUGCCAAAGAACUGCCCACCCCAGGUGGAUGCCAAGACCUGGGAGACCUUUACCAAGGUGCGACGCCAAAAGAUGGAGAGCGAACUGAGGCUCAAGGGCAUCCAAUACCAGUUGUUAGACAGUCAGGGCUACCUGAACAUGCUCCAUAAGGACAUGUCGGCGCUCAGGGACUCAAAGGUCCUUACUCAGCGCAACGCAGAGGAGAGUAUUCAGUUAUACUUGGAAAAGAUGAGGAACAUGUCACUCCAGUUGACUCUUACCCUGGGCCAAGUGGAGGUGUCUAUAUUGGGCCACGUCACGAACCUUUCAAAUGCCGUUCUAAUGCACAUCGAGGAUAUAAACGAAGUCAAUCGACAAAUUCAGGAUGCUGGCAACCAAAAAAUUAGGGCAAUGCAAAGGGUGGCCAUCUUCCGCCGCCAGGUGAUCUUCAAGGAGUGGGAACACAAGCUCUACAAGGCCAAUAUCGCUUACCUCAAGUACAUGCUGGAUGCCAUUGAGAAAUGCAAGGUGUCGAUGGAAUUUCUGAACAUUUUGCGAAACUGGGACAAGGUCAAAACUGACCGUCAGAAGUACAUAGCUGGCGCCAUCGAAAAAGUUAUUGAGCAAAAAAUUGCCGCCUUCAGGAAGCACAUUGAACGCAUAAAUAUCAAAAUAGACGCUGUUAAAGCUGAGACAUUGGAAAUGAAGCGCAGCAAUCAUGCGAUUGAUUCCAAAAUUGAGAAAAUAAAAGUGGAUGUCACCUUCCAGCACACCCUGCGAGACACCAUGAUGGAGGAGAAACGAGAUCGGGAGCAGCGCGAGAGAAUGCAACAGAUCAAGACUCAUCGCCAGCUGAUGGAGAAUGUGCGCCGACACUACGCCCAUGUCCUGGAGUUACAGACCAUACUAGAGCUGCUGCGUCUGCGUACCUAUCCGACUCUGGCCCCGCCUCUGCCCCAAUGCCAUCCGCCGGUGCCGCAGCAUAUACUAAGCUCAGUUCCCUAGAAAAAUAGUUGUUUAGUUAGUUUAUCUGCCAUACACUUGAAAGAAUUUCAAUGAAGUAUUUUAAAUGAUUCCUUUAAAAAAUGAAAUAUUUUGGUGAAAA